ACAAACGAUGCUUUGCUAGCACGUUUUGUUUACAUCGCAAAGUUGAAGUUAUAAUUGUUUAAAUUGAAUUUGAAUUGAAUUAAGUAUUAAAGGAAAAUGAAGAAUCAGGAGCUUGUUGAUUAUUUGGCAAGCUGUGGCGUCUGUCGCGUCUGUCAGUUGCGCUAUUUGAAAGCACGCGGCAACGAAUAUCGCGACAUGCAGCAGACCUUUCAGCGCCUGGAUGUUAAAGUAGAUGACAGUGAUUUGAAGCCGUCAGAGGAUGAGCCGAAUGAGCAGCCACCAAAAAAGCCCCGCUUAACCAUUUGCUCAACUUGUUUGGGUUUGUUCUCGGAGGAGUUUCAAAGUCAGUUAAUUGAGGGCAUUUCCAAAUCGGAUUUCGGCAAAUAUGAUAGCGCGGGAAUUGUCCUGGCUAUAACGCUGCCGCUGACACUACAGCUGCGCCAGCUGUCCAUGUGGUUCGCCCUACAGCGGAAAUUUGGCAAGAGCUCCUUCAAUGAUAACUCUGCCCCGGAUGUGCCCAUCAAGGAGGCCGUCAAACUGAUUCUGCAUCCCAUUGUGUGCUCGAAGCUGGGCAGGGAAUACGAUGCAAACGGGCUGAUGAUCAACAUUGAUGUACGGCACAGCGUUGAAUCCGAGGAGGUGGACCAGCUGACCGAGCUGAAUCGAGUCGCAUUUCCGGUCAAGAAACGCACCGAGAUCUCGCGAGGAUUGCUGGAGAAACAAUACCAACCGGCACGCAUUAAGGCUGAUAUCUUCGAGAAAUAUCUACCCAUACCACCGGCUGCUGUCGAGGAACCCCUGCAGCUGCAGUCCAUCGACCUAAUGGGCCCCAUUGUCUGUGUCGCUGGCAGAUAUCGAAAAUUGAGUCGGGAGCUUUCGCAUACGCCGUGGGUGCUGCAGGGCAAACGGAUUAUGGAGGAGAGCAUUGAGGAGAUCAUUGCGAAACAGGUGGCGCCACAUUUCACUGAUACGGUGUGCAAGGUUACUUUCAUGUCCAGUGGGCGAGAGGAUGUGGACGUGCGCUGCUUGGGCAAAGGGCGGCCAUUUGUCUUGGAAAUAAUGGAUGCGAAGCGAAGCAGUUUGAGUCGGCAGCAAGCCCGUCAAAUGGAGGUGGCUGUGGAUAUGUCCGGCAAGGUGUCCAUACAUAAUCUGCAAGUGGUGCCGCGCGAGCAAUUGACGCACAUCAAGACGGGCGAGGAGCAAAAGCGGAAGUAUUAUCGUGCUCUCUGCGUGCUUGACGAGCCGGUGACAGUGGACAUUUUGAAGAAGCUACAAAUCUCGGAGAGUUUUAUCAUACAACAAAAGACGCCCAUUCGAGUCCUACAUCGCAGGCCGCUCCACACUCGACCUCGUUCCAUAUAUAGCGUCAAGGCGUGUGUGAGCCGGGAGAAUCGGCGUUUGCUCAUCAUCGAUGUGGUCAGCCAGGCGGGCACAUACAUCAAGGAGCUGGUUCAUGGCGAAUUCGGACGUACAACGCCCUCCAUAUCCUCCAUCAUAGGCAAACCCAUUGAUAUAUUAGCUUUAGAUGUUGUUGGCAUUGAUUUGGAUUGGCCAGCAGAUGUAAAUAAUGCGGAAAUUGAGGUUGAAUAAAAGGCGGUUUAUUUACUGUA